AGCAAUUUAAGCAAAACAAGCUUUGGGCAGCGCGCGGAGGUGACGGACAAUCUUGAUGAACACGUUUCUCCGUCAAAGCAGCUUGUCCUUCCUGGAGUCCUGUGCAGCCCUCGUAUUCGCAAUGGCACCUGUGAUCGACAAGACUGGCACAAUGGUGGGACGUUGUUCUGACUGGAGGCGAUGAAUUCUGCGUCUUGAGGCUAUAUAUUUGGCCUUUGUCGAUUCUAUCUUCCGUGGCGUACACAACAAAUAAGCAUUUGGGAGCUUGGCGUAAAUCAGUGCGAAUAUGGUCGGCCUCAACAGCGUUUUACUGCUCUCACUAUUUGGACUUAGCAGAGCGGCCCCAUCGAGAAGCGAAACAUCCCCGGAUAGGACUAUCAAGCCGCGUGCUGCUUGCACGCCCACUGCUGGUGGAAGCUCCUCGACCGACGAUGUUCCAGCAAUCCAGGAAGCGAUCACAUCAUGCGGUGACGGAGGUACGAUCGUAAUCCCGGCCGAUACGACAUAUUACUUGAAUAGUGUGCUCGAUUUCAAGGGCUGCUCGAACUGUGACUUCCAGGUGGAAGGGUUGCUCCAGUUCACCAGCUCCACAGAUUACUGGAAUGGAAAGACGGCCAUGAUCAGUGUCUCGGAUAUUGACGGGCUGAAACUUCGCUCGGUAACGGGCUCUGGAGUUAUUGAUGGGAAUGGCCAAGAGUCAUGGGAUAAAUUUGCAGAGGACAGCAGCUACAAGCGCCCGACCCUACUUUACAUCACCGGGGGCAGCAAGAUCGAGGUCUCUGGACUUCGACAGAAGAAUCCGCCAAACGUGUUCAUUUCUGUCAAAGGCGACACAUCAAAUGCCCAGUUUACGAGUCUGACUAUGGAUGCCACCUCAGAGUCGGACAAUCUUCCGAAGAAUACAGACGCCUUUGACAUAGGCGCCAGUACCGAUGUGAUCAUCUCAUCCGUCGCUAUCACAAACGACGAUGACUGUGUGGCUUUCAAGCCUGGCGCAAACUACGUAACCGUUGAGGAUGUGACGUGCACAGGAUCUCAUGGCAUAUCGGUGGGCUCACUUGGGAAGUCCAGCGAUGAUAUCGUCCAGAACGUUUAUGCUCGCAACAUAACAAUGAUCAACUCGAGCAAAGCAGCAGGCAUCAAAACCUACCCUAGUGGUGGAGACCAUGGCGUGUCAACGGUGAAGAAUGCCACAUUUGAAGACUUCAUCGUCGACGGCUGUGAUUAUGCCUUCCAGAUUCAAAGCUGCUAUGGCGAAGAUGAUGAAUAUUGUGAAGAAAACCCUGGCAAUGCCGUGCUGGAAGGCAUUGUUGUUAAGGGAUUCACGGGCACCACGAGUGCCAAGGAGGACCCUGUGGUAGCUAAUCUGAAUUGUGGCUCUAAGGGCACUUGUGAUGUCACCAUCAGCGGCUUCGAGGUGAAAGCUCCAUCGGGAGAUGCAAAGAUUCUGUGUGGCAACACUCCUUCAGGCCUCGGCGUCACCUGUACCUCAGGUGCAUCUGGGUAAUUAGAUAGCGAGAUUAGACAUAGCAUACACCAAGCUUGGUGAUCGUGCUUAUUUCGUGAGUUAGAAGGAGGGAAUUCGGUUGUCAGGGAGAGUAAAGCUUAGUUUCUGGAGGUAUAGGGAAUUCUUCUUUCUUCGGUACCUUCCUCUACGAAUAUUGAGGGACAUAAUUAGAGUAACUCAAAGAACGGAAACGUUCUUAUGAAGAACGAUAUGAAUUUAACGGGACCUGUAAGUGGACUUAGUAGGAGCCAUGAACAUGAAGGCUCAUCAGCCGAGUUUGGUAAAAUGUCGCUAAUGAGAAUUCUAUUCUCUAUUGCUCUAGCUUUAGUUUGUAUUGUGUAUCGCAAGGGCCGUAGCAUCAACAUGCAUGAGCAUACAUCACGUAGCUGUAGGCCCUUGUUGAAAUAAUGCCAAUGCAGUACUCGCAAUCCUGCCAUGCUUACCUAUCUAGUCCUUUACCAGUAACCAACCAUUCGUAGAGUAGGUUUGGGAUCACCCAAUGGUUGCUUUUGAUUCAAGGCUCUUCAGAAUCAGCUUAACCUCGUCAUCUGCUGCUUCGAGUAUAUACUCCGGUGGGUACUGCGGCUCCCAGCCGAUCUGCUUG